CGAAUUCGCCGGAAAAUUUCCGUCCGGCAAAAGAAUCAGUUCUUCUGCGACAAAGAUGCCUGCAUUCUCUGGUCCCCAGUAAGAUCUAAAACUCUGUUCUCUAUAUCAUUUCGCCGGCGCUUUUGACCACCGACACAUCCCCGCCGGCGAGUCAAGAGUCCGUUACUUUUUGGAUUUUCGGUUAUUUGUUGACAUACGACUACCGUUACUAUUGUGCGAAGAAACGUGGAAAAAGAUAGUCCGUAUAACUUUUCUCUAACGCCGUGAAGGCGCCGUUAUAUGAGAUAUCUCCGUCAACGGUAAACAGAUCGUUCAGGCGACAAGUCAAUGCUCUGAUAUCAGCAUUUAACUGUGUUCACCGUUAAAUCGAAUCAAGAUGAUGAGAAUGAGUAAAGGAGCCGCCGCGCCUCCGCCGCCGUCAGAGAACCGUAGUUCCGCAGUCGGAGCUGCCGGAAAUCGGGAAAAGGAGUGGGAGAUGAGGCCCUGUGGAAUGCUGGUUCAGAAACGGAACCCAGAUUCUGAUAUCCACCCAUCUCCACCCACAGUCCGGGUCCGGGUCAAGUAUGGGUCGGUCUACCACGAAAUCAAUAUCAGCUCUCAGGCCACUUUCGGAGAGUUGAAAAAGAUGUUGACGGGGCGGACAGGGCUGCACCACCAAGACCAGAAGUUGUUGUUUAAGGAUAAGGAGAGGGACUCGAAGGCCUUUCUUGACAUGUCUGGUGUGAAAGACAAGUCUAAGGUUGUUUUGGUUGAGGACACAAUUAGUCAGGAGAAGAGGAUUCUUGAGAUGAGAAAGAAUGCUAAGAUGGAGAAGGCUUCAAAGGCUCUAUCAGAAAUCAGCUUGGAGAUUGAUAGAUUUGCAGGACAGGUAUCUGCACUUGAAUCUGUAAUUUCGAAAGGAGGGAAGGUUGCAGAAAGAAAUGUUGUGAACUUGAUUGAGAUGUUGAUGAACCAACUGCUCAAACUGGAUGGUAUUAAUGGCGACGGAGAUGUUAAACUGCAGAGAAAAGUCCAGGUAAAAAGAGUGCAAGAAUGUGUUGAAACUCUGGACGUGUUGAAGGUGAAAAACUCAAUGCUUGAUAAAAGCAGCAAUGAACAGACUCCAAAAACACCAGGGUCAGUGGUCAUAACUACACAAUGGGAGACAUUUGAUUCUGCUCCAUUGGAUCACGGUUCAGUUCCCGGUUCAACCACCCCACCCGGUUCAACCACCCCACCCGGUUCAACCUAUCCUGAGCCAAUCUGGGACUUACUUUGAGUAUGCUUGUACUAUAAUCUGUGCAUUUGUGCCUUUCACAUUGUUGUUUGUGUAUUUAUAGAGCUCUUGUUUGGAAUGGUAUAUGUCACACACUCAAAUAAUUAAAUAGGUGCUAUAUUAGAUAUUCUUUAGAAACAAAAUAUUGUUUGUUUACAUUUGCUUGUAUUAGUAUUGUUACUGGUAUUGAAAGAAAGGUUAUGUAUACAGACACUUACAUAUCUAGAUUUCUUUUUCCUGAUUGUACCG